AUGCAAUCAUCGUCAAUUCCAAAGACAAGAAACCAGAUUGAAGUACAGAUUGGGUUGGUGGGUGAUGCACAAGUGGGAAAGACUUCGUUAAUGGUGAAAUAUGUGCAAAAUAUAUUUAAUGAUGAAUAUACUCAAACUUUGGGAGUAAAUUUCUUAAAAAGAAAAGUUUCAGUUAGAUCAACAGAUAUCGUGUUUUCGAUUCUAGAUCUUGGUGGUCAAAAAGAAUUUAUAAAUAUGUUACCGAUUGCCUCGAUAGGAUCGUCAGCUAUAAUAUUCUUGUUUGAUUUGACUAGACCUGAAACUUUAAAUUCAAUCAAAGAAUGGUAUAGACAAGCUAACGGUUUAAAUGAUCAAGCUAUUCCGAUUCUUGUUGGUACUAAAUAUGAUUUAUUUAUUGAUCUAGAUCAAUCAACACAAGAAAAAAUUUCAAGAAUUGCAAUGCAAUAUGCACAAGUUAUGAAUGCUCCAUUGAUCUUUACAUCAACUGCAAAAUCUAUUAAUGUACAAAAAAUAUUUAAAAUUGCCUUAUCCAAGAUAUUUAAUUUAACUUUAACGAUAUCUGAAAUUAAUGAAAUAGGUGAUCCUCUAUUGAUAUAUAAAACCCUCGGCAAUAGAUCAACUCCUAUUGCGAAUGCAUCUGCAUCUUCAUCUGCAUCUUCCCCAUCUGCAUCUACAUGA